ACCAGGAAUAAUAGUCCCAUCAUACAACAUAACAAAGUAAGAAGAGAGAGAAAGAGUACCUUUCUGCAAACCUAAUCAAUCAACCAUCAAUGGCGACUCAAUUCCUAUCCACUUCUAAAUACUCCGAUGGCUUAACAAUACUCGGAAUUUCAAUUUGCACAGCAAUCAUCUGUGAAGCCAUCUCUUACCUUUUAAUCUACCGAACUAAUUCCUACAAAUCCCUAAAAUCCGCCAUUGACAAAUCCUCAAAAAAACUCGAAACAAUGAAAACCCUAGAAUCAUCUUCCUCUAAAAACAAAACCAAAAAGAAAGAUCGUGUUGAAACAAGUCUUAAAGAUGCAAGUCGAGAUCUUUCCCUUUUCAAAUUCAAAUCCGGUGCUGUUGUUGCGCUUGUUCUAUUCAUGGUUUUCGGUGUUCUUAAUUCUUUAUUUGAUGGAAAACCUGUCGCGAAAAUCCCUUUUGUUCCGAUUAGACUUUUACAGAAGAUGAGUCAUCGGAAUUUGCCUGGUGAUGAUAUGACUGAUUGUUCAAUGGCGUUUCUUUACUUGCUUUGUUCGAUUAGCAUUCGUACUAAUUUGCAGAAGUUUCUCGGUUUUGCUCCUCCUCGUGGUGCUGCUGGUGGCGGUCUUUUCCCCAUGCCUGAUCAAAAAACCAGUUAGAAAAAAAGUUAGUAUUUUUUGUGUUUAAGUUUGUGAUUUUGAUCUUCUAUCUACUAAUUAAUCAUUCAAAGUGAAUCCAUUAUAGUUUUUGGGUUAUUUAUAGAAUUCAUCAAUGUAAUAGUAUAUUUAAAUUUUGCUUUGACUUUGUGAAUUUUAUUAUUCGUACUGAUUUGAUUAUAUGUAUGAUUUGCGAUUGAACUUUUGAGUUUCUAAUUAUAGAUCAUGCUUGAUAUAGUAUCUGCUUUUUAUUGUAA